AUGGAUAACCUUUUCAAGAAAAACUUUAAGGACACCACGUGUCUCCUCGUAGAUGAGACCAGAGAUUCGUUUGACACCACCUCUGCGUGUCAGACGGCGGAUAGCAGGCUUGGUGAUACCCUUGAUGUUAUUUCUGAGCACCUUGCGAUGACGCUUGGCGCCCCCCUUUUCCAAUCCUUUUCCUCCCUUUCCACAUCCAGACAUGUUGAUAUGCUGCUGUUGUCAAUUAAUCAACAGUUUUCGACACUGUUCGUCGUGUUGCCGUCAGAGGGCAGCAUUGAUGCAUUAUGGAGUCGAGGGCGGACAUCUCACAUUCCUCGACAUUUGUAUCCUGGUCACCUCCUCCCCCUUGAGUCUGAGGAGCUUGUAAUGAUGCGGAGGUUGUUCCGAACAAAAUCUCGAGUCAUACUCUUUUUGGCAGGCACCACCGCAUGCCUGUAUGUUCUUCUGCUUUAUUACUCUAUGAAUCGGUUGGAUGCCGUCCACAGUCGGUCAGUUCACCUCCAUAAACUAGAUUCCGAUAUUGGGAGAAUGGUGAGAAGAGCUGAGGAGGAGGAAGCCCUCAGUAGAGAUAAAGUCUCUCAGCAGACACAUCAAACAAAAAUGGUCCGAGGGGUUCUCUAUAGAAGGCUGCAUUUGUAUCAACCUACAAUUAAUGAUACUUUUCAAUGCCUCUACUCUAAGAAGCAAAUUCCUUAUAAAUAUCUGAAUGAUGAUUACUGUGAUUGUGAUGAUUCUUCUGAUGAACCUGGCACCUCUGCCUGUCCUUCUUCCAAAUUUUAUUGCGACUUCCAAUUUGAUGGUGCACGUCCCCAGUACACAUUAUCAAGCAGAGUUAAUGAUGGGUUCUGUGAUUGCUGUGAUGGAAGCGAUGAAUGGGAUGAACAGUUACAACAAAAUACAAACAAACAGAAUGCCAAGUCACAGAUACAAGUUUCCAAACAUGGCCUUUGUUCAAAUCGAUGCGACCAAAUCAUUCAAGAAGUACGUAAACGCAAGAUAAUCAUCAUGGAGGGGCGUAAACGAAAAAGUGAAUAUUUGAAAGAAGCCCUUUCAGUAAAAGACAAAGAGUUCUAUGGACCUGAAGGUGUUUUUUACAAGCUAAGUUUCAACUGUUACAAGACCAACAUCUUUGCCUAUGAGUAUACAAUCUGUCCUUUUAAGAAGUGCAUUCAGCAGAAAGCUCCAGAGCCACCUUUGUCAAUGGGGACUCAUCCAGAGUGGGAGAAGAUGAGACCUGGAGAUUAUAUCCUAAAGAUGACACGGGGUCAUUCCAAAUUUUGCCCAGAUCAAAAAGAACGUCUAACAAGAAUCUUUUUUCAAUGUGGUAUCCAAGAUGGAGUCCAUUCAAUUGAAGAAAAUGUGUGUGAAUAUAACGUCAAAUUCAAUACACCAGCCGCUUGCUGA